AUGAAGUUCACCUCAAGAACCCCGACAUGUCGUGACGGCGAGACCUGGUGUGGUUGCAAGUACAGAAUGAACAGCGGCAAUUGUGACGGCGCAGUUCAGGGCCUGAAGAAUCAGAUGAGGAAGCAAAGGCUGGGUAGGGCAUUUAUCAACCCUGGAAUGGCUUGGUACGAGAUCAAAAGAUCUGCCUCUGCCCGCCCGGUUGUGGCUUUCCUGUGCCGCACCAGGGGCGCCGGAGUUGGGGACAUCAAUGUCUAUACUUAUACUCAGAAGUUGCAGGAGAUCACUGGAUCCUGUGGGCUGUUCCUUGAACAAAGGCGCUUGGCGCUCUGA